CCUUUGUUGCCAAAUCCAGACCCAAAGAGCGGGUGAACUGAACACCAUGAUUGUAAUUUAAAGAGUGGCCAUAGGAUGGAUGCACAUACUCCGAACGUUGCCACGGCUUACAAAAGUCGAACAUCAAUCAAGAAUGUCUCGGCAAUCUACAGCAGUUUUUGGAUUAUCUUUUGAGAGAAGACUCAGCAAAGUUUUUUGUUCACGUUUUGGAUCAAUCCAUAUCUCUCGACUUUGAACUGGAAAGUUUUGUCAUUGCCACAAAGGCACUAGAAGUAAAGAUCAUUACUUUGAUUGACUGUUGUAUUCAAAUGCAUUUAAGAACAAUUCUUUGAGAUUGAGCGUGUUCGUCCUUAUCAUUAUGUUGCUCUUUUUUCCAAGGCUUUGUAUAAGUAGUAUAUAGUAUAAAAGAGUAAGGACUACUUUCUGAAAAUGCCAGUCAACAGCCAGCAUUUGCUGGCUGUUGUGUAAAGUGCCCGAUUGCAAAAUGAGUUUGCUUUCCAUCACGUCGUUUCUGACCCUCCUUACCCUGGCAUCAGCUUGUGACAAUGAUCACGAUGGCUUUUUGAAGAAGGAAUGUCCUCCAAAUGAUUCCAUAUAUGAGAUCCAGAGUCUUCAUGAUGACCAUUUUGAAGACAGAAUUUGGGACUGGAGAUGCCAGCCUUCUGGAUUCGAAUUUGAAUCUUGCUCUUGGUCAGGUGAUAUGAAUCAAUUCGACGAGGUCUUGAGUUUUGAGUGCAAUAAUGGAGUGGUUACUGGUGUUGAAUCCACUAACAGCGACAACUACGAAGACCGCAUCUGGAACUUCAAGUGCUGCACCAAGCCCAACCUUUGUUACUCAGAGUGCGGCGUAUCCGCCCCAGCAAAUGAAUAUGACGGACCAUUGUCUUAUUUGGUCGAUCCUGGAUAUUUUUUGACUGGAGCCGAUUCCGUUCAUAGCAACCAUUAUGAAGAUCGCGUUUGGAAGUUCCGAACCUGCAAGAUUACCGCAUGUUGAACAUCCUCUUGAACUGUUUCUGAAUUUGAUUAGAAAUGGAUGAUUUUUCAUUGUCACUUUGGUGGAAGAUCACACCCAUGAACCGAAAGUAAUAAA